AUGCCAAUGGUGCUUAACGCAUACGCAACGCAGUUACAAGCAAAUUUGGUUUUCGGCAUUGUGUCAAAACAAUUCGAUCGGCGUCUCUCGCUACCAUUGGCCGAAAUAAGUCUGGAAGCUGGCGACAAAGCUGGAGUCAUUGUUCCAGAUGUUUUCGGCAUUGUGUCAAAGCGAUUCGAUCGGCGUCUCUCGCUACCAUUGGCCGAAAUAAGUCUGGAAGCUGGCGACAAAGCUGGAGUCAUUAUUCCAGAUGUGAGUACACUUUGAAA